AUGGAAGCACAGAAACCCAAAAUCAGGAACAUCUUGAAAUCAAAUGCACGGCGGCGACGACGAGCGGCGGACAGGCAAUCUGAAGUCGCCUUAGAGAUUGAUGCCUCAUCAUACGUGGGUGAACGGGUGAUAUGGUCCCGACGGCGAUUCAAAAAGUGUCACUUGUAUCCGGCUAUCCGAGAUGAAAGGAAGCGAACACCCCGUCAUCCGACUGUACACAAGGUUGAAAACGCCCAGAAAACGGCUGCUGGAUUCCGCAAGUUCACUCACGGGAAGGUUAUCAUCCGAGACACCACACACGGUGGUGAAGUGAUUGCUGUCAUUGAAUUUCUUCCACUGGACAAACUCUCAUCUCAGCAAAAGGAUGAAAUCAAUUUCGUCACAACUUACCUCCACCAGAUGAAACAAUUUGUCCAUCCAGUCGGCCCAUCGCGUACCUGGGGAGGCCGAAUGUGGGGAGUUGGUUGGCAAAAAUCCAUGUCGUCUGUCGAACUUUUUGGGCAGGAUGUAAAGUCCGCAGCAAUCAAACGGGCACCAAAGAAGUACUCCCAACUGGUUUCACAAUCGAGGAAAGUUGCUAAUAUCCUGGGCCAGAUGUUUAAGGAUCUUGGAGGCCUGGCAUUUGAUUCGAACCAUCAGAUGAUGCAGCAAAACGUCAUUUGGCUCGAGUGA